UAACGUUUGUUGUUUACUACACUGUAGCUUUGAAGUUUUCCCGCCACCCAAUUUUAUCGCUCUCGUUCUAUUAUAGAAGUGUGCUUCUAUGGCAUGUAAUACUUUAGUACGUUACAGGUGGACCUAGGGUUUACGAGUGGAAUUUGAAAUGUGGUUCUUGACUAUUUGACUUUUACAAGUCCGUGUUUUCUUAAAUAUUUGAAGUUAUUUUGUACAUUUUGGUACUGUAUUUUAGAUAUUUAACCGAUUUAAGAAAUUCAUUUUGAUAGAUUAUUAAACUAUUCACUUGGGAAGUAAUAAGAUAUUCAGGAUGACUAUUAUACAAUAUUUUCGAAAGGUACAGAAUUUACCAAUUCGAGAAUCUCAUAAAAUUUCGAAUCUCAAAUUAAUAUCAAGCGAUAUAUAUGAUGUUCAAAUUGAACAAUGUUUUUACAUAGACAUUGGUAAGUAUACAGAAUUAUCCAAAGAGGAGUCAAAAAAACUGGAAUGGUUGUUAAUGGAUCCAUUUGAUCAUACUGGACUGUCUCAAAGGAAAUUUCUCCAUAAAAAAAAUAAUAGCAUUUUAAUUGAAAUUGGACCCAGAUUAAAUUUUUCUACACCUUUUUCAAGCAAUGUUUUAUCAAUUUGUAAAUCUAUCAAUUUGAAUUUUGUUAAGCGUCUAGAAAAAUCAACUCGAUAUUUAAUUAAGUUUAAAAAUAACCACAAAUUGACAACUGAAUUAAAUUACGAGUUAACAUCUGUAUUGUAUGAUAAAAUGACGGAAACAGUUUAUUUAUCUCCUUUAAAAUCUUUUAAAAGUCAAGAUGUUAAAGAAAGUUGGUAUGAAGUUGAUAUAAUCGGUAAAGGUAUUGAAGCUAUGAAGGAAGUAAACUUAAAACUUGGUUUGGCAUUUGAUGAAUGGGAUAUUGAAAAUUAUACUAAUAUGUUUUUAAAAUCUAACCGAAAUCCAACCACUGUAGAAUGUUUUGAUCUAGCUCAAUCAAAUUCUGAGCAUAGUCGACAUUGGUUUUUUAAGGGUGAAUUAAUUAUAAAUGGAGAAUCAGUACAUAAUUCAUUAUUAGAUAUGAUAAUUGAAACACAAUAUUUUUCAAACCCUAAUAAUGUUAUAAAGUUUAAUGACAAUAGCAGUGCUAUUAAUGGAUUCAAGGUUAAACAAAUAAAACCUUCUAAAUCAUUUGAGCCUAGCUUUUAUAUUUCUGAAUCAUAUAAUUUUAAUUUGGUUUUUACUGCAGAAACUCAUAAUUUUCCAACUGGGGUUGAACCAUUUAGUGGCGCAUCAACUGGUACUGGAGGAAGAAUUAGAGAUGUUCAAGCUGUAGGAAGAGGUGGAUUUUGUAUUGCUGCUUCAGCAGCAUAUUGUGUAGGAAACUUAUUCAUACCUGAUUAUGAUUUACCAUGGGAAGAAAAAUCAUUUAUUUAUCCUUCCAAUUUUGCUAGCCCUCUUAGAAUACUUAUUGAAGCUUCUAAUGGUGCCUCUGAUUAUGGCAAUAAAUUUGGUGAACCUAUUAUUAAUGGAUUUGUUCGUUCAUUUGGCAUGAUAGUAAAUAAUGAACGCCGUGAAUGGAUUAAGCCGAUUAUGUUUACUGGUGGUUUGGGUACAAUGUUGGCAGAGUAUACUACUAAACUUACACCAUAUGAAGGAUUACAAGUUGUGAAAAUUGGAGGACCUGUUUAUAGAAUUGGUUUAGGGGGAAGUUCUGCUAGUUCAUUUGAAGUUCAAGGAGUAAAUAAAACUAGUUUAGAAUUUGAGGCUGUUCAAAGAGGUGAUCCAGAAAUGGAACAGAAAAUGAAUAGAGUUAUUAGAGCUUGUAUUGAAAAUCCUGGAUUUAACCCUAUAUUAAGUAUCCAUGAUCAAGGAGCUGGAGGAAAUGGAAAUGUGUUAAAAGAAAUAGUUGAACCAGCUGGUGCUAUAAUUUAUGCAAAUAAAUUUGAACUUGGAGAUCCUACAAUUAAUGCUUUAGAGCUUUGGGGUGCUGAAUACCAAGAAAAUAAUGCUAUUCUUUGUGAUAAAAAAGAUUUAAAAUUGUUAAAUAAGAUUUCUUUGAGGGAAAGAUGUCCAGUUUUACCAGUUGGUGUUGUUACUAAUAAUGGAAAGGUUAUUUUAACUGAAGAUGAUGAUAUUAUUUCUGAAAAUGGAAAAUAUCCAGUCAAUUUAGAUCUGGAUAUGAUAUUGAGUAAAGUACCUCGUAAAGUUUUUAAGCAGUCAUGGCAACCAAAAUUAAAUACACCUAUUAUAUUAUCUAACCUAACUAUUAUUGAAGCAUUGGAUAGAGUGUUAAAACUUCCAUCUGUAGCUAGUAAAAGAUAUUUGACAAAUAAAGUUGAUCGUUCUGUAACUGGUCAAAUAGCACAACAGCAAUGUGUUGGCCCAUUACAUACGCCUCUAAGUGAUGUUGCUGUUACAGUUGUUUCUUUAUUUGAUACUGUUGGAAUAGCAACUUCAAUUGGUGAACAGCCUAUUAAGGGAUUAAUCAGUGCAGAUAUUGGAGCUAGAAUGGCAGUAGCGGAGUCAUUGACUAAUUUAGUGUUUGCACCAAUAUCAUGUCUAGAAGAUAUUAAAUGUAGUGGAAAUUGGAUGUGGCCUGCCAAAUUACCAGGAGAAGGAGCAGAAUUAUUUUAUGCAUGUAAAGCUAUGUGUGAAGUCAUGAAACAACUUGGAAUAGCUGUUGAUGGUGGUAAAGACUCUUUAAGUAUGGCUGCUAAAGUUGGUGAAGAAAACAUCAAAGCACCGGGUUCUUUAGUUAUCUCAACCUAUGUACCAUGUGAAGAUGUACGUUUAGUUAUAACGCCUGAUCUUAAAGGACCAAGACAAAAUUGUGAAAAUAAAGAAGCAAGCUAUCUUAUAUUUGUAGAUUUAUCUGGAGGGCAACGAAGACUUGGUGGUUCUGCUUUGGCUCAAUGUUAUGGACAAAUUGGCGAUAAUGCACCAGACUUAGAUGAUCCAAGCCUGUUGAAAAAAGGAUUUAAAUCUAUUCAAAAAUUAAUAAAAAGCAAUAAAAUAUUAUCUGGUCAUGACCUAAGUGAUGGUGGAUUAAUAACAUGUAUCUUAGAAAUGGCUUUUGGUGGUUAUUGUGGAGUCCAUAUGAAUUUGAACAAAAUUAAAUCUGUAUCGUCUGUGAAUAAUAUGGAAAUAUUAUUUGCUGAAGAAUGUGGUUGGAUUUUAGAGGUAGAUGUUAAAUACAUUGAAGAAGUACUUUUGGAAAUAGAUGUACCUACAUAUAUAAUUGGUCGCACUACAACAUAUGGCAACAAAUCUCGUAUUGUAAUAGAAAAUUCUGGAGAGAUAUUACUUGACAUUAAACUAACUGAAGCAUUCAAAAUGUGGGAAAAAACAAGUUAUGAGUUGGAAAAAAUGCAAUCAAAUAUAAUAACAGCAGAAGAAGAAUUUAGUUCAUUAGAAAAUCGAUUUGGUCCUAUUUAUUCUUGUAAUUUUGAAUUGAAAAAUGCUACAGUUAUAUCAGAUAUAUCAGUGAAAGUAGCUGUUAUUAGAGAAGAAGGAACAAAUGGUGAUCGAGAAAUGAGUGCUGCUUUGUUUAUGGCUGGAUUUGAAGUAUGGGAUAUUACUGUUCAAGAUCUAUUAAAUGAUGCAGUUACUGUUGAAAAAUUUAGAGGUUUAAUUUUUCCUGGAGGAUUUAGUUAUGGAGAUGUAUUGGGUUCAGCUAAAGGAUGGGCAGCAAGUUUAGCAUUCCAUCCUAAUGUUAAAAAAACCUUAGAAAAUUUCAUGUCUAAAAAAAAUACAUUCAGCUUAGGAGUAUGCAAUGGCUGUCAACUAAUGUGCAAUCUUGGAUUAAUUGGAAAAAUUAAUGAAAAUAAUUCUUUAAAUAUUGAUGAUCCUCCUAUAAUAAUGUGUCAUAAUAAGUCUGGAAGAUAUGAAAGUCGUUUUAGUACUGUUAAAAUCAAUCCUUCUAAUGCGAUUAUGUUCAAAGAUAUGGAAGAAAGUAUUCUUGGUGUAUGGAUUGCUCAUGCUGAAGGCCGUUUCGGAUUUCGCAAUAAAGAAAUUAAAGAUGCUCUGGUUACCAACAAUUGUAUUCCCAUUACAUUUGUUGAUGAUCAAAAUAUGUCUACUGAAAACUAUCCUAUGAAUCCUAAUGGUUCUUCCAGCGGAAUAGCAGGUGUAUGUUCAUUUGACGGUAGACAUUUGGCAUUAAUGCCUCAUCCAGAACGAAGUAUAUUUACAUGGCAAUGGCCUUACACGUAUGGGUUGGAUCUAUCAAAAGAUGAUAAUUACGCCCCUUGGAUGCAGAUGUUUUAUAACGCUUAUGAGUGGUGUUCCCGAAAUUAGUUGAACCAAAUAGUAACCUUUGUAUUGUGCAUAAUAACCAUAUUAACGUAAUAAAAAUACAUUCAUAUAUGUUUACAUAUUAUACAGUA